UUUUUACGUUGGUUUUGGGCCAGCCCAAUUCUACCACCUUCUCUGUACUCUACUCUUCUCUCACGUUCCCUCUAACGACAUCACUCCGUCUGCCUCCGCCUCUGGUCUGACAAGAAAGAAACCACUGCCGGCGCCGCCGACGACGACCACCGCGACGAAGCUUUCCGUCAAGUGGGAGACUAUUUCAAGACUUUUAUGCUCUCUAAAAAUAAGAAAUUGGAAAAAUAAGAAGUGGGUUUUAUCGUGAUUGGAGCGUUAUUGCCUUCUUGGCUUGGUUCAGCGCUGGCAUGGUCACAUUGCCCCGUGGUUGUGCGUUGGGGCUUGCCAUGUCUGUAUGUUCGUGGACCCAGGGCCCUUGAACAUGUGGCCUAGUUGAGAUUGUUUAUGGUGGAUUUUCUUCAACAAUGGCCUGUAAACAUGUUGAGAAACUCAUGUGUACUGGUGCUAAGUAUAUUAGGAAUAGGCGAAUUGAAGCUUUUCAUUCUGAUGCUAUACUUUAUCACUCUUCAAAGGAAUCACAUGAAGAACUCGUACACUUAGAUUGGUAUGAAAAUGCAUUUCCAGAGAUGAUGAAAUUGACCCGCCUGUUAAAGAAUGUGGAUUUGAUUGAUGGAAGACUUGUUAAUAUCCGUGAUGAUUCAAUCAUCAUUGAUGAUCGUAUAGAAAGAAAAAUGUACAAUUUCAAGUCACUUGUUAGAGUCUAUAUUGGAUCUCCAUCAGUCCAGAAAACUGUCAAGGCUAACAUGGCAGCUGUUUCUGUAGGUGAAGGUGAACCAUUUGUCUGUUUCAGUAAACCAAGCGAAAGAGAACCCAUGAUUGUGAAUUCACUCACCAAAGUGAGCAACAUCCUAAACAUUUCUGCCCAACAAAGGAAGUUGAUUCGUGCAACGAUCUCCCCUCAAGUUACCCAUCAUCGCAUAUUGAUAAGGACACUUGAGGAGGUGCUUAAUGGAUUAAAACCCGAGUUGGACUAUUUGAAUAAUCAGUGCCCAAGCAAAGGAGUUCACUUGGGUCAACAGGUAGUUUCCAAUUGUCUAAAGUUUUUGUAUAACACAGCCUUUUCCUCUGACCCUGAUUCUACUUCAUGGAUGCGGCUUGUGCCUGCCAAGAAGGUUCAAUCUUCUUGCUCUCAAAAAUGGGAAGAUGUUCUUGAGAUGUUUAAUGACCUUAUUGAAUGUUUGAAAACUGAAGACUGGCUACUUGAUCAUGUGGUAAAGCUUGAGGCCAUGAAAGAAGGAUUAUCUCAAAUCAAGGAUGUUUUGAUUGAUAAAAGUAUUGGAUACAAGGAAGCUCGGCUCCAAGAAAGCUUAGUGCAGAAGAAACUUUCUAAAAUUUUGGGCUACCCGUCCAAGUGCUUGUUCACACUUCUCUUGUAUUAUCUUUAUGGGCAUGUCAGAGAUAUCGAAGUGGAUCUGUGUGGUGGGUUUUAUAGUAGUGGGAAUGAUAAGUUCUGUUUGUGUAUGGGAAGGAUUCUAACUUCAGAUGAGGAAAGGAUGAUCUGGAGUGGGGUGAGACAUUUGGACAGGGCACUUGAGCUUUUCAAGUUCAUUUGGGAAACAUCAGGAAAUAAAGGAAUCUUGGAUUUGCAAGGCCAUCUCUGGUGUGUAGGGGUCGAAAGUAGAAUGAUUACAUACAAAGGAAAAAUGUUCUUUAUACAUGGGAUAAGUCUUUGAGAAAGAUUAUAAUGAUCAAUGUAUGUGGAAUGCAACCCAAGUAUAGAUUCGAUUAUAGUUUUUCAUACCAUUAAUGUGUAAUCUUGGGCAAUAAACACUAGCAAAGCCAGAAAAUUUCAUUAUAUAAAAUUAUUUUCAUGUAGCUUUGAAUGUAUUAUAAAUUUUUCAUUCAAUUGCAACUUUGUUCGUU